AGAGAACAGUUCUCUGCAAUUUGCUUAAUAUUAAUAUAUUGCUAUUAGGUUAUGAGAUAAGAGAAAAAGAAACCCCCAAAAAGCAACAAAACAAUGUCUCGCUCCAUAGUUUGGAUAUUGGGGAUAAUCGUAAUAACAGCGAAUCCAAGCAAAGCAACAAGUACGACAACAAAAAACAUGACGUAUGCGACGUCCAUUAUAGCGUCUGGUCCCUCUUCGACAUCAUUAACAUCAAAAAUAACCUCCAGUGACCAACCCGAUAAAUCAACAAGCGGAGAAGCUACCAGUAGUACAAGUGAAUCAUCAACAACAGUGUCACCAGCUAAUGUAACCAGUGUAAUACCAUUUACAGGGACACAGACAACUGUAUUUACUGGGUCAACAUCAACAGUAUCAAUCGAUGUUACAACAAGUGAACAAAUAUCAUCAACAGAGACGAACACAAAUCAGAUCGUUGAAUCAUCAUCAACAGCAGAAACUAGUGAUAUACCAGGUGAACAACUAUCAUCAACUGAUACAAAAGAAAACCAAAGCUCUGAGCCAUCAUCAAUAGUAGCAACAGGUAUUACAACAAGUGCGCAACUAUCAUCAACAGAGACGAGCGAAAAUCAAACCUCUGAAUCCUCAUCAAAAGUAGCAUCCAACGUUACAACAAGUGAACAACUAUCAUCAACAGAGACGAGCGAAAAUCAAACCUCUGAAUCCUCAUCAACAGUAGCAUCCAACGUUACAACAAGUGAACAACUAUCAUCAACAGAGACGAGCGAAAAUCAAACCUCUGAAUCCUUGUCAACAGUAGCAUCCAACGUUACAACAAGUGAACAACUAUCAUCAACAGAGACGAGCGAAAAUCAAACCUCUGAAUUCUCACCAACAGUAGCAUCCAACGUUACAACAAGUGAACAACUAUCAUCAACAGAGACGAACCAAACUCAUACCUCUGAAUUCUCAUCAACAGUAGCAUCCAACGUUACAACAAGUGAACAACUAUCAUCAACAGAGACGAACCAAACUCAAACCAGUGAAAUAUCGCCAACGGUAGCAAACGGUUUUCAAACUGGUCCAUCUGCAUCUUUAGGAAUGUACAAUGCAACAAUUUCAUCAGUGACACCAAAUAAUACAGGUGGUGUACUGAAACCAACAACAAACAAUAGUUAUUUAACAAAAUCGCCAAAUUUAUCAAUGACAACAGAUAAUACAAUAUUGGCAUCAUCACCAACAACAGACAUCAAUUAUUCAACAAAAACACAAGUUUUAUCUGUAUCGCAAAGCAUUGCAUCCACUGUACCAUUUCAAACAUCUACGAUAGCAUUGCCAAUAAAAGAUAUAAAUAUUUCCGUUUCAAUACAAUCCUCGCCAUUCAUUGUGGGCCAGAAUAGUGGAGUUAUGUCAUGCAGUUUUCAGGGAAAUUCAACGAGCAACAACCAAACCAUUACAUGGAGUAAAAAUGGUGUGACAUUAUAUGAUUCAGCGGUUGUCACAAUAAAUACUUCAUGCAACCGCGAAUUACAUUGCGAAUCUAAUCUGACUCUUCAUGAAGUUAACUUUCUAUCAAAGGGUAAGUUUUUUUUAUCUAAACGAUGCUUAAUGUUUGCCCGUUAUGAAUAUUAGUUGAAAAA